AAAAAUAUUUUAAUAUUUUUCCUCCGGAAGAUAUUAUGAAAUAAGAAUCUCGUGAGGAAGAUAAAUCAAAUCAUAAACUAUUGUUGCAUUAUUUUUACUUUAUUAAAAUAAGGCUCCUUAAAUGCUAAAACAUGGAAAUGGAUACGUUCUACAAAUUGCGAAAUUGUCAGGAUAGUACAAUCUUUCGAAAAUUGAUAAGCACCGUAUCCUUGCGCAAUUCCUAUGAGAGAGAAAACGUGAAAGAAUGUCAGAUGAUUCUGACGUACAUCAUGGAGAUAAUCAGUGGCAACUCCGAAUUGGGCAACGAACGUGUUCUGUUAGCGUCUCACGCGUUCUAUGCUUUGCUUCCGACAUUGUCUUAUAAUUCGCGAUAUCUCGAAAACACCGUGAUGCGUUUUCAACAACUGGAUUCCCAUGAUUUACUUCUUCAGAGCCGAUAUACCAUCUCCGAUCUCGAACUGUUCAAGCUAUUGAACGCCUACGGGUAUCUGCAGGCGAAUAAAAAAGAUACGCAUAUUGAAUAUGAUAUCCUCUUACUUAUGUUUGAUAUAAUAUACAGAAACUGUAUGAAAUACACAAGAUACUCUUAUUUCGCGUAUAAAGUAUUAUAUGCAUGGGUGAAAAAGUUGAAGCAGACAUCCGACACGCGUUUUUGGCGCGAAAGCAAUUGUACAAUAGAACGAAAAUUAGAGGCUAUCAUAUUCUCUAAUUGGUCGAAUACCCUUAAUGAUAUACGCAAGCAAAAUGCACAAAUUUUCAAUAUAUAUCUUCGGAUAAUGUUACAGAAAUAUAAAGAUAUACAUCCUAUAUUUACCGAAUGCAUUUCAAAAAUAUCGUGGCAAAACGAAGUGAAGUACAUUAUUUUGACGGAAAUUUGUCAAGUGUCGGAUAUUGAAUUCAAUUUUAUCAAGAAUCCACAACAUUUAACUGAGCUAUGCAUUAGUUUAACGAAAAAUUCUUUGCGCUGUAGCAGUACGAAACUUUAUCUGACAAUUUUAAGAAAACUCAGUGAGGAUCAAUGGAAGGAAUUGUUCAUAAACCAGGGAGUUUUUAAAUUUAUUAUUAAUCUCUGGGAGUCGGGAAAGUAUGAGGAUCACAAUGCUCUUCAAUCGUUAUUCAAAUAUUGGUUUGAACCAACCAUUGAAAUGCACUGCAAUGUACCGUUUUUAUGGAAAUUGUGUGACGAAGGAUAUUUCUUUCGUUUGCAUCUGCAAAGAAUGGCCGCUAAAUUACGUAUAUACGAACUGCGAAUGCAUGAAAUCGAUUAUUACAUUACAAACGACAAAGAGGAAAUCAUACGAUUAAAUGCUUUCGCUGUACUUUGUUAUCGUGCUGCUGACAUUGGAAACAGAAUAAACCCAUUUGUUCAAAUAAAACAAUUUCUAUGGUUUAACGCUAACGCUGCAACAAUCUUCAUGAGAGAAGAGAUAAUGAAAUAUUUCAGAAUAUUGUUCUCGAAUAUCUUAAAAGUGAUUAGCAUUAAAACCGCUAAUGUGCGAUCUAUCUCUGAGUUUAUGGAAUGGCUGUACGAGUAUUUUUUGGAUUGUUUCGAAAUUGGUUCAAGUUACCAACGCAAGAUUCUCGCUUUAAAUUUAUAUAAGAUUCUGUUGUCUUUCACGAAUGAGAACUCGCGCGAGAACUAUGCCCAUUACAGGGAUCGCCUUCGUUACAUUACAGUGAUUGACAAGCACUUGAAGACCACAAAUAGUUGGAAAUUUAUUAAUAAAGAGAAUUUGUUUAUGUUAUUGAGACUCGUAUUAGAUUCCGCUAUUGAUAUCAGACAACUAGCUACUGCCCUUAUUCUAGAACAUUUUGAAAAAGAUGUUUUAUCGGCUACGGAAAAACGCAUACUCUAUAAUUGUGCAUGGGAGCAUUGCAAUUCUUUCAAGUUUUAUAAAACUGACAGUGGAGCAGCUCUCAUGAAGAUAAUGGCACAUUGGUUGCCCUUGAAUGAGAUUAAUAAAAAUGUGGUUUCAACAUUUUCUCAUAAUGAGUAUAAUAAUAUUCUCACUUACUCAAGUUACUCAGAAUUUCUAUUGUAUGAAGCUCGAUAUCAGUUGACACAGAUGAAAAGCGAUAUUCUGAAAGCUAUUAUUCAAAAUGGACCUUUUUAUGGUGUGCUGACCGCUUUAUUCUCAAUCGCUUUUCACAGUGGCCCAGAGAGUUGGGUUUUAACAUCACAAUUUACAGAGGAAACGCUAAAUCUUUUGAAAGAUGCCAUUGAUUUCUUUUUAUCUACAUUAUCUACGAAAGCAUCAAAUACAGUUUAUUCAUCUUCGUUUGCGGAAAUGGGAUUAGCUAUCGAUGAAAAGAUUAAGAUCAGUGAAAUAGAAACUUCUAAUAAUUAUGACGAACUGCAACUAUCACCGGCGCAUCAAGUGCUUAUUUCGUGUAUUUGGAUGUCCUUAAAGGUGUCAUGCGAGAUCGUCAGUGAAAUCGGGAUGAUGAUGCAGUCGAAUGCGCAAGUAAAAUAUUCCAUGGAUAUCAUUGUUACGGUACUAUUAAAGUGUCGCCACAAAGGCGUAGUGGAAUCUGCUGGAGUAGCGAUUGCUAAUUUAGCCAGACGUUUAUAUGAUCAAAAUGAAUAUUCCGAGUUACCGAGAGCACAUCUGGCUAGUUUGUUGGAAGAAGACGCAGGAAAAUCAUUGCACUUAACACGACGGGGUGCCGGAUUGUCAAUCAUGUUUCACAGAUUAGUCGUCAGCGAUAAUCGAAGAAAUCGACCUACGGUCCAUUUUGCGGUGCGGAUGUUAUUACGCUCGCUGAAAGACUUUUCGACUGUUAGAGAGGUAGAGCCCGGACAAGACUCAUCGUGGGCAAAGCGUCUGUACUUUUUGCGAACGUUAGUCGCCGAUAAGGAGAUACACCCGCAGUUAGUCCCGUACAUGGAGGAGAUUUGUUUAACAUGUUUUGAGUACAUGAGAUCUGACGUUUGGACCGUAAGGAACGCGAGCUUGCAAUUGUACGGCGCGGUGGUGCCGAGAUUGGUGGGUCAGUGCUCCGGGAGAAGCUUGGAUGAGGAGUUGGAUUUUGGCUACGGUUAUUCCGUCAAUCAUUUCGUUACGCAUUAUCCGACAUUGGCGAGUCACAUGUAUACGCAAUUGCGAGACGUGUCGAAGAUACGCGGAACUUCAAACGCAGCGUUACGUUCCUAUUCGAGCGUCGCACAUAUCCUUGUAUUGCUGUCGAAAUUGUCGACGAGCGACUGCGAUCUCGUUGAUUAUCCCGCGACGAUAUUCAUAACGAAAGUCAAACGUUUACUGCUUAUCUCCUUUCUUAGUAAUCCGAUGAUGUAUAUCAGGCAAUUGGCGGCUAAAGUGUACACAGCUUUCACGUCUGUCACGGACUCCAGUAUUUAUUCUUACUUAGAAGCGAUCGCAAAGGUCAUUUUAUCAAGCCACGACAUUAAUAUGUCGCAUGGAUACUUAUUAAUUUAUGGAUAUUUAAGAAAAAAGAUCAAUAAUAAUGCUGAAAAUUCCUUACGAUGCACAGGUGAUCUUAAACUAUCUUGGAUUACAUCAAUAACACAAUAUGUAUCUUGGAAAGAUCGAUAUGCCUUAAUAUCAAAGAUAUGGAAUGAUAUGUAUAAUCAAGAAGAAACUGCACAACCAUGUUAUAUGUUGGAGACGUUGUUUCUACAAGAAUUAUCGUUCUUGGAUCAGUCGGAUUGUUCAAUAUUUGCACAUUAUAAUUUUAAAAACAUUGAAUAUAUAGUACCAUCGCAAAAGAUCCAACCAGGAUUUUUUCAAUUCAUUGGACAUUGGGCUCGAUUGCAUGCGCUGCAUUUGCGCAGAAACUUGAAAUAUUUAAAUGAUUUUGAUAAAGAAAUAAUACACGAUAUUCUAAAUUCAAAUUGUACGGAACAAAGUAUCGAAUUCCUAAAUGCUUUAUCACAUUGCGUUCCUUUACUCGAAUUUAUUCUCAAGUACUUGAUAUCGAUGAGCAGUAAUCGUCACCAAUUACUAUUCGAUACAAUAGUAACUUUCACGUUAAACACUAUAAAGCAUGUUAGUUUAGAAAAUAACGAGCUUGAGUUUGACAAGAUAAUAGAGGAAUUUAAUGAGAUGACUGAUUCGAGUAUGAUUCGUGUGAGAAAUUCAUUGAUUUUAGCUUUUUCCAAAAACGAGACGCUGAUAAGUCAAGCGCUGUCAUACGUUUUCGACAUAAGUAUGAAUGAGAAGCAAUCUGUGAGGUUGAUGGCGGCUGAAUACAUUGAGCUUGCGCUGCAUCGUCAUGCGAAGUUCGGGAAUAGCAACAAAUUGACAAUUAUGCGAUGUUGCUUAAUUCUGCUGAAAGAUGAAAUCAUUGAGAUACGUGAGAUCGUGUCGACCGCGUUACAGAGGCACGUGCUUCACAAACAUAUCUUCAAUCUCACAUUAUGUCGAUUACAGCACGAAGUCGUAUAUCAAGAGCUCUUGUCGGAUGUUAUUCAUCUUGAAUCGAUUGCUGACGAUGGCAUGGACUUUAUACAGUAUUUCACACGCGCCGUACACAGAGACGUCGAUUUUAACGCGACGAUUGAGAAUCCGUUCAAUCAUGACGACAGUACUUUUUACAGAGAGGAGUCUAAAUUUUUAAACAUGUGUUUUUUUCUUUAUGAAGCUUCAAGUGAUAAUCACGAUGAUCCUCUUCAUAUUACGUACGCGAUACAAACAGGACAUUUCGGAAAACUUCGAGAAAAGGCUGGUUUUAGAUACGAUAAUUUGCAAGAGGUCUUGCACUUGAAAGAGAUGGAUUACUUAGCGCGGAAAAAAGAGAUUGUCAUACAACAGCGAAAGUUAUUCUCAACGACUCACACUUCCGAUUUCAAAUCAUAAAAUGCAAAAUCAUAUCAAUUCGACUAUCUAGUCUGUCUUAAGAUACUAUUUAUAAUUUCUGUGAAGAAAACUGAUCAAUUAAUAGCAUAUAUUUUCUCGAAUCUAUAACAAGAUUAUGGUCUAUCAAAAUUGAUUUUGCAUUUAGAUUCCUUGGUAUUCAUUUUUUAUAUAUAAAGAACGAUAUGUAACAGUAACUUGUAGUUAAAAACAUCGCAACUGUCAAAAUAAUAUCUAGUGAAACUAAUGAAACAUUAACUGAUAGUUAUCUGAAAGCGGUCUUGUAUUUGCAUUUCACGACUGCGAUUAUCGCACACUUCAUCAUGAAAAAACUACCGUGUAUAAUUUGAAGAUAAGAAACAAAAUAGGAAAUGAUAAGCUGUGCUAAGAAUUAAUAUAAGAUUAUUACGGAUUCUAUAGAUAAAAUUAUACAAUUAUAAAAGAUCAAACUUGUACAACAUAAUUAGAAACUCAAUUUUGCGACGAAGUGUUUGAAGGAUUUUAUAUGUUAUAUCUUAAGUCUAUCGGUUAAUAAGUAACACUAACUCUAAUUACAUUGUAUCUUCGAGAGAAAAUAUAAGAAAUAAAUAAUUUUAUAAUUUCUCGCACAAUGCACAAUGUAAGACAUAUAAUUUUAAUUAAUUACAUGUGUACAGAUAACCAAAUGUGUGAUACACACAUUUCCAGAAAUGUGUAUAAACAAAUAGGCUUUAUACAUUUACAUUAUACAAUA